AUGCAUGUGCAAGAAUUAAUUAUCUAUCCAGUAAAAUCCUGUGCUGGUGUUAAAGUGCAAGAGGCACUUGUAACAAAGUAUGGUUUAGCUCUUCCAUCGAAUCCUCAAAUAUUUGACAGACGAUGGAUGGUAGUAAAAAAUGGUCGACAUCAAACACAGCGUGUUCUACCUCGUAUGGCGCUUAUUCGACCUUCCGUUGUCAAAGAUGGUCUCUGCCUUCAAGCUCCUAAUAUGCCUGACCUACACAUUCCUGUCAAUCCAUUGCCAAAAGAAUUGAUGCAGUGUUCUUGUUGGGAUGUUCCCAUUUUCGGUCUACGCUAUGGUGAUCAUGUCUCCCAAUGGCUUCGAACUUUUUUGGAAACAGAGGAUGAACUCGACUUAGUCGUAUUUGACGAUCAAAAAUUUGAAGGUCGUUUGUGCAAGAAUGCUGACGUACCUAACAAUGCCCGUGAUGGCGAUGUGGCUGCUUAUCAUGAUAUGAGUCCAGUACAUUUGUGUUCUUUAGAAUCGGUUGCUGAUCUCAACACACGAUUAAAGAAAAAAAUCCAAAUAUAUAAUUUUCGACCGAAUAUUAUUGUGGCCAAUGUGAACAAACCUUAUGCAGAGGAUUGUUGGCGAGAAAUCGAGGUUGGUGAAGUUAAAUUGACUUGGAUUACAGCGUGUACUAGAUGCCUCUUACCAACAGUGGAUCCCGAGACAGGUGUUAAAGAUCCCAAUCAAGAACCAUGGAAAACAUUACGAAGUUACCGUUUGAAACCGGAAAUGUAUGGUGUUUACGCUUUGUUCGGCAUCAGAAUGGCACCAACUGAUGAUAAAAACAAUGUUUUGGGUAUUAUUCGUGUGGGUGAUAGAAUUCAAGUGACAAAAGAUGAACCAAACUUUUGGAAAAAAGAAUGA